AUGGAUGAGCACCAGAAGAAACUCAAUCAGCGGCAUGAAGGAAGGCCACGCAAAGUCAGGUUCAAAAUAUCGUCUGCUUACAGCGGUCGAGUGUUAAAACAAGUCUACGAAGAUGGGCAGGAACUCGAGCCCCCGGCCAAAGAGCACUCGCGGCGUUUUCUCCGCCACAGCUUCGAGCCAGGGGACCAUUUCUGCGGGGCCGGAGAAAUGCCAGAGAACAGGUUUUACCCGCCAGCCAAGCUGACUGCCCAGCGGAUCAGCAUAUUCAAAGAGGACAAGAAAUACAGUCUCACCAGUAACUCUCCUCUUCUCAGCGACUACCAGUCCAGCGACAGUCACUGCAGGGCUUCUCCAAUUCUAGAUUUUGGCAAGAUCAUCAUCUACACUAAUAAUCUGAAAAUCAUCCGUGCACCAAUGGACCAGAAAGAGCUCAUGAGAAGAGUCAUCCAGACUGAGGGAAUAAAUGACUGGGCCUUCAUAUACCGGGAAAGGAAAGAAAGAUUUGGUGGUGGACAUAAAAAAGAUGUGGAAAAAAAGGUUGCCUGCAGCCAGUAUGUGCAGGACGGUGAUGCCGAACGCGGUUGUUCCCGGUGUAAAGGGUCAGGCUCUGCUCCUUGCUCACUGUGCCACGGAAGCAAGUUUUCGAUGUUGGCAAACAGAUUCAGAGAGUCCUACAGGGCUCUCCGCUGCCCGGCCUGCAAUGAAAGCGGUCUCCAGCCCUGCCAGAUCUGUGCCGCCUGA